GAUGCCAAUCUUCAACGCUUGUUAGACCAAACCAAGAAAAAAGCUGUCUCUUCUCUCUCUCAAGAGGCAAGAAGAAGUAUACAUACAUAUGUAUAUAUAUAUUAUGUAUUGAUUUGAAUAUUUGAUAUUGAAUCAUUAGAUGGCGGGAUACAAAGGUGACGACGAGUAUGAUUACUUGUUCAAGCUGGUAUUGAUUGGGGAUUCUGGGGUGGGAAAAUCGAACCUGCUUUCUAGGUUCACCAGGAACGAGUUUAAUUUGGAGUCCAAGUCUACUAUCGGGGUCGAAUUUGCCACUAAAACUUUGACUGUUGAUGCCAAGCUCAUCAAAGCUCAGAUUUGGGACACUGCUGGCCAAGAAAGGUACCGUGCCAUUACAAGCGCAUACUACCGAGGGGCUAUUGGUGCUUUGUUAGUGUAUGAUGUCACUCGGCAUGCCACAUUUGAGAAUGUAGCAAGGUGGUUGAAGGAACUGAGGGACCAUACGGACCCCAACAUUGUAGUGAUGCUCAUUGGCAACAAAUCAGAUCUUCGCCAUCUGGUGGCUGUCUCAACAGAGGAUGGUAAAUCUUUUGCCGAAAGAGAGUCCCUCUACUUCAUGGAAACUUCUGCGUUGGAAGCAACCAACGUAGACAGUGCAUUUACCGAAGUCUUGACUCAAAUAUACCGGGUGGUAAGCAAGAGGGCAGUCGAGGCAGGCAACAAUGGAAGCGCUUCUGCUGUUCCAUCUAAAGGACAGACCAUAAAUGUCAAAGAUGAUGGUUCUGUUUUCAAGAGAAUUGGAUGCUGCUCAAGCUAGAAUUGGUAAUUUUCCUGCUGGUGCUUUUCACUAUUUUUUUUCUUUUUCGGGUUUUCCUUUCAUCCUGCACGUUGUAUAUGAUCACUGGUAAUCUGUCGUUAGACUAAGAAACUAGUUAUUUUCAGAUAUAUUGUUGGCUAGAUUUGCCUAAUAGGCCAGGUCAGGGUCUGUAUAUUGAACGUUAGGUGGCUUCGUUUCUUUUUAUACCAGAACUUGUGGCCUCCGGAUCAUAUUUGCCAGAA